UGCUCUGAGUGGUCCUUCUUGCUGUGUGAAGUGAGCUGGUCGGCUAGGAAACAAGCGCAAGACCACCCAACCCCCCCUCCCCGCACCCUCUGUCUCUAUAGCUCUCUCUCUCUCUCUCUCUCUCCCUCUCCCCUCGUUCUCUCUGCCUCACAUUUCCAUGCUAUCCUCUUUGACUAUCAGAAAGAAUUGUGCAUUUUUCUGCCUUUUCGUUCCUGCUACAUCCGCAUCCUGCCCUGGUGACCCUGCAUCAUUUCAGGCAGCUCCAGUGCCCAAGGAAGGUAGAAGGAGGAGGAGGAGGAGGAGGAUGGAGCUGUGAAGAGGGAGGGGGCCAGCUGAACAGCGCAGGGAAGUGGAGAUGACAUGGCAUACAGGUGCUGAUCGUGUGCAACAGGCUGCUGAGGUCUAGAGGGAGAAGACACAAUCAGAACGACUACUUGUUGCACCUAACACAGCCCAUCUCCACGGCAACAGGGAAAAUACAAUUAAAAACAGGGAGGCGAGCAGAAGCCAGCUGGAUAAGCGUGUGCACCUCACCUUUGGAACAGAGGACAUGAAGUAACCAUGCAGAGGUGGAGGGAGAGGGAUUUUCUGUUUCCAGUGGAACAGCAGAGGAGAGGCAAAUCGUUCCAUUAACAGGAAUGUGCUACAGUUUGCUUGGUGGAUGUGAAAAUGCUAUGACAUUGGCCGAAAGAAGAAGCACUAACUGACAGCUCUGCAGUCUGGCAACCUUGUGCUAGGAUCAAGUUGGAAGGCCAUUGUGUGUGUCAGGAACAGGACAGAAGUAGCAGUGCAUUGUAUAUGACUGGGAAGCAGCACCUGUCACCAAGGCUGUCCACUCACCUACAGCAGAGCUAAACGUGUCCCUGCUUCAUCAGCCUCCUUCACGCAUACUCUCUCUCUCUCUCUCUCUCUCUCUCUCUCUCUCUCCUUCUCUAACUCUCUCUCAGGAGGAACAUGGGAUGUCGUCAAAGCUCGGAGGAAAAGGAGGCCGCUCGGCGUUCUCGCAGAAUCGACCGACACCUGCGCUCUGAGAGUCAGCGGCAACGCCGUGAGAUCAAGCUUCUUCUCCUUGGCACCAGCAAUUCAGGAAAAAGCACCAUAGUGAAGCAGAUGAAGAUUAUCCACAGUGGUGGCUUUAACUUGGAGGCCUGCAAAGAGUACAAGCCCUUGAUCAUCUACAAUGCUAUUGACUCCCUGACAAGAAUCAUAAGAGCCCUGGCAACCCUCAAAAUUGAGUUUCACAACCCUGACAGAGCCUAUGAUGCUGUCCAGCUGUUUGCACUGACUGGUCCUGCCGAGAGCAAAGGGGAGAUCACACCAGAGCUACAGGGGGUCAUGAAGAGGCUCUGGGGUGACCCAGGUGUCCAAGAGUGCUUCUGUCGCUCCAAUGAAUAUCACUUGGAGGAUAACGCUGCUUACUAUCUUAAUGACCUUGACCGCAUCGCUGCAGUUGACUAUAUCCCCACUGUUGAAGACAUUCUCCGGUCCCGAGACAUGACAACUGGGAUCGUAGAAAACAAGUUUACCUUUAAAGAGCUGACAUUCAAAAUGGUAGACGUGGGAGGACAGCGCUCGGAACGAAAAAAAUGGAUUCACUGUUUUGAAGGGGUCACCGCAAUAAUAUUCUGUGUGGAGCUCAGCGGCUAUGACCUUAAGCUGUAUGAAGAUAAUCAAACGAGUCGAAUGGCAGAGAGCCUGCGGCUGUUUGACUCCAUCUGCAACAACAACUGGUUCAUCAAUACCUCUCUCAUUCUCUUCUUGAACAAGAAGGACUUACUGGCGGAAAAAAUUAAACGGAUUCCAUUGACGGUCUGCUUUCCUGAGUACAAGGGUCAGAACACUUAUGAGGAGGCGGCCGUCUACAUUCAAAGACAAUUUGAGGACCUAAAUCGCAACAAGGAGACCAAGGAGAUUUACUCCCACUUCACCUGUGCCACGGACACUAGCAACAUUCAGUUUGUGUUCGAUGCGGUCACCGAUGUUAUAAUCCAGAAUAACCUGAAGUACAUUGGGCUGUGCUAGAAUGACGAAUGCAGCUCCCUCCAAGAAAUAUAUCACGGGUUUUGUGUGCCAGUUUGCACAGACACCAGCCAACAAGUGCUACCACAUAUGCAAUGAUCAGUGUAGAGGACAGCGGAAAUUAAACAAAACAAAAAAAAAAAAA